AACCUGGCAUGCGCGCGCCGGCCUGGCUUUUUGGUUCCCUCCCUCGGAACGCCGGUCUCUCUAUGGUGUGCACUUUAGAGCGGCUAGAGCGGCGCCUACCCGCUCAGAGCACAGAUGAGGCCACAGCGCCGCGGGGACGUUCUGCGCCCCUAUUUGCUCCGAUUUUGGGAGGGUGUCGACACCUAUGGAUGAAGCUCUCUUCUCCUUUGGAGUCAUAGCAGACAUUCAAUAUGCUGAUCUAGAGGAUGGCUAUGAUUUCCUGGGAAUCCAGAAGAGAUAUUAUAGGCACAGCCUGUGUCAUCUCCAGAAGGCAAUAGAAGAGUGGAAUGGAAGACAGAUCCAGUUUGCACUGCAGCUUGGGGACAUCAUUGAUGGCUUCAAUGCCCAACACAAGAUGUCAAAGAGAGCACUGAAAACAGUCAUGAAGGAAUUUCAGAAGCUCAAGGCCCCAGUGCAUCACAUAUGGGGCAACCAUGAACUCUACAACUUUAGCAGAGAUUAUCUGGUCCAAUCAGCACUGAAUACCAAGUAUUUAGAAGACAAAACUUUACUUAGCCAUUUAGUCACUCAUCAAAGCCCCACUGAAGAUGCUGCUUCAGAAUUCUGCUAUGCUUAUCAGUUCUGCCCAAUGUCUAAAUUUCGAUUUGUCCUUCUUGAUGCCUAUGAUCUAAGUACUUUGGGGAGGGGCACAUCCAGCAAAAAGUAUCAAGAGUCUCUCCGUCUACUGCAACAGAAAAAUAAAAACAAGAAUCUGAAUAGUCCACUAGACCUUGAUGAAUGUCAGUUUGUACAAUUCAACGGAGGAUUCAGUCAAGACCAGCUGCACUGGCUUGAUGAAAUUCUUACAUACGCUGAUAAAAAUCAGGAAAGAGUUGUGAUCAUGGGGCAUAUCCCUAUUCACCCACACGCUACAAGCAGAGUCUGCCUUGCUUGGAACUAUAAAGAGGCCCUUUCCACCAUCCACUCGCAUCACUCUGUGAUAUGUUUUCUUGCUGGCCACCUCCAUGAUGAUGUUUACUAUUUAGACUCUCAUGGAGUCCAUCAUCUUACGCUUACAGGGAUCAUAGCAACUCCUCCAGAAAGCAAUGCUUUUGGAACUAUAUAUGUCUAUCAUGACAGAAUGGUAUUAAAAGGUAAUGGAAGUAUGCCAGAUCGAGAGAUGCUUUACAAAAGUCAUCAUUGCAGUUCUCAGUUUUAAACCAUAAGAUUCUUUUAUUUGUCUGUAAUAGGAAUGACUUUACUGCUUUUACUUGAAAACAUUUUUAAAUAUUGAUUUCUAAAAUAUUUUGAUAUAUGAUGAUUUGAGAAAACAUCUCCUUUAUAUAAAGCACAUGGAUCUUUAAAUAAAUACCACUAGUCUCUAGUACAA